UCCUACAUUGUUCCACGUGUCACUACGAAUGCAUUUGAACUUGAUAUAUAAAAUAACUGUUUGCUGCUGCUUUAUUUCCGUCUCAGAGAAAUAUGGUACGAACCAGCUGCUGGACGCUCGGGUUCUCCUGAUCUCCCAGGAGAAAUGUAAAGCUCCCCAUGUUUACGGAGGCUCGUUGGAUGACAGCAUGUUCUGUGCCGGGAACAUGAAAGGAGGCGUCGACUCCUGCCAGGGUGACUCUGGAGGCCCUCUGGUGUGUGAGCGUAAUGGGACCCACUACGUUGUCGGCGUGGUGAGCUGGGGCGACGGCUGUGGCAAGAAAUAUAAGCCUGGCGUCUACGCUAACGUUGGAAGAUUCGUUGACUGGAUCGCUCGUCAUUUGCUCUCAUAAGAAUCCAUGUUGCACACUGGACAGGUGUUACAGAAAAGUUGCCACUGACUGUAAUUUCCUUUUGUGUCAGAAAAUAUCUCCAACUUGACAUGGUGUCAAACUUGUGUUACCUCAUAUGAACUCAUCUAUACUGCACUGUGUUGUGAUUAUAUUCUGUUUUUUCAAGCCUGGUUGCAACAACUAUUAAAAAAUGUAAUGCAAGAAGUAUUUCUGAGAGAGACCUUUGAUACAACACAACCACAGCUUUGCGUUGGACAUUUAGUAACCUUGGCUAUCAUAUGUUUUUUUAAAGCAAACACUCUCUGUCACGAGGUUAAUCCGUUCUGUUUACCCUCGGAUCUCUUCUCCAGUCAUGUGGCUGCUAUAAUGAAACCUCCCACUGCUCGACCGAAUCUUGUUUUAGUGAGCCCAGGUGAAAUGAGAGCUUUAUCCCAUGACAGACACAUCUGUGUUGACUCUGGCAGAAGCUGUUUAAGCCUCAAUUUAGCCAAGGUACAAUCCCCAAAGACACACAAACAAACAGAAAUGGGCGUAGUUCCUUGUUACAUUCCAACAUUUAUUCAAAUAACAUACUCAUAUGGUCUUAAACCUCCUUUUCAGCUGCU